ACUGCCAGCCAGGGGAUGUGAGUACGGAGAGCUCUAGUCCAGCCUCACCCAGCUCCGACAAGAGGGACAUCCGCAGUUCAGAAGUUUAAUGUGCGUCUCGACAUGCCACCUCACAUGGAUUAUUUUUACCACGAGUCCCGUGUCCCUUCCGCUUGCGGACUGACCCAGGAGGACGAGCUGGACCCCGGGGCCAUCAGCUGCAUGCUGGUCGGGGAUGGAGCGGUCGGCAAGACCAGCAUGAUCGUCAGCUACACGUCCAAUGGAUACCCAACGGAAUACAAGCAGACAGGCUUUGACGUCUUCUCCGGUCAGGUCCAAGUAGAAGGGGCUCCUGUCAAGGUUCAGCUACUGGACACUGCUGGACAGGAGGAGUUUGAUGAAUUCCGGGCCCUGUCCUACGCGCACACAGAUGUUUUCCUCCUGUGCUUCAGCAUGGUCAACCCCACUUCAUUUCAAAACAUCACCAAGAAGUGGGUUCCAGAGAUCCGAGCCUAUAACCCCUCCUCACCCAUCGUCCUCGUAGGGACUCAGUCGGACCUCUUACUGGACGUUAAAGUCCUGAUCAACCUGGACCGCUCCAAGGUCAAGCCGGUCCUCAGCUCGCGGGCGCGGGGCAUGGCUGACAAGAUCAGGGCUGCAGACUACAUAGAGUGUUCCUCUCUCACCCAGAAGAACCUAAAGGAGGCGUUUGAUGCGGCUAUCUUUGCCGCCAUCAAGCACAAAGCCCGCAAGGCUAAGAAGAGGAGGUUCUCUGACAGGCGAACCAAAGCUUUCUCCAGGUGCAGCUGGAAGAAGUUCUUCUGCUUCAUCUGAACUCUGUGAAGUGACUACUUAACCCUGUGGGUUAUGGACAAAACCUAUAAGAGAACCAGCCUUUGCUUUUCACUCGAUGUCACAGCUCCAUUUGUGGCAGUUGCAAGCAUUUGACUUCAUAAUGUCUGCAAUGCAAAAUGGCAUAAGGGAAAGCGGCACAUGGAGACAGCAGAGCGGAUUCUGGGGAAUUAUCUCUCAGCCUCAGAUGUUGUCAGAUACAUCGAGGAUUAUGUUUUAUUCACAUGCCUGUUGCUUCAUGCCAGCAGAGGAAGCAAAAUCUUUAUAUCAAAAAUGAAAGUAUGCAUCUGCUCUCAUGUAAAUGCAUCACUGGUCAGGCAGUUGGGAGGAACUGAACUGAGGCCUUGUAGGAGAGACUGAAAAUGCUAUAAACAUAUUAAACACCCUGCUAGAGAGGGAGAAGACACAGUCAUGUAAAUGCUAUGAAUUUGCAUGGUCUGGUUUGCUACCCACGGUAGCCUUUAGCAUUGAGUGUGAAAGAGAAAGAGUUAGGGCUGUGUUUGCCAAAGGCAGAGAGUGGGCUGAACCAAAAAAGGCGUUAGCCAUAUCUCUAUUGUACUCCUUGCUGCCUGGCUGCACCAACCUAUUUAUAUGCAGCAGCUGAAGGUUCAAGUCAGUGCGAGGUGCCAAAGUGUUACCUGUGUGUGAAAGCUGUCCUGGUCAUUGUAUAUGAGCUGUUAUUAUCUUGUCAUUGACUCAAUCAGUCAACUGACAACAUUAGCAAAUCUAACAUUCAGUUUUAACAGUAAUUUUAUCAGCUGACCUAACAUUCAUGAAAAAAAGGGUGAUUAGGUGUUUAGUGGCAAAUCAGAAACAAAUGUGUUCCCUCGGUGUGAUUACUCUCCUGGUUGCUCCAGGAACCUGUUUGUAAAUCCCCUUGCCUGAGGUGAAAGGGUGCAGGGCAGCAUUAACCUUUGCCUUUUCAUCACCCUCUCCCGGCAAUCUGCAUCUGUAAAAGCAAGCACCGCUGGAUACUUGAGUUCCAGCCCGUGAACCUCCCACCGCCGCCAUCAGCCUGACACAUUGCUGUUUUUGUAGCCCCUCUUUGUUUGUAUGCUCAAUACACUCCAACCCAUCUCCUCAAUCACUUGCUGCUUCAUAGGGUGUACAGUUAGAGGAAGCUCUAUAACCUCUGCUUGAAUGUAAGCAUACACUUUUAAUAGCCUUGGUGCCAGUGGCAUUUGUGUAGAAGAAAGUCACAUUUCUCCUGAUUGUGUACUUACAUCUGAUGAACACACCGAGUGGCCAGAACAAGGGCUAUUGACUUUACUUAUGCUUCUUGUGGAAGUCCCCUUAAUGUAUAAGCUAUUCUGUUUGUUAAAACAGUUCAUUUGUCAAGUUUUUAUGGUUUGGAAUAUUAGAACAGACAUGGAUUUUUAUGACAUGGACAUGGAUCUUUGAUGUUCACCAUGAAAUGACUAUAUUUGUGACAUUUUGUAUCAUUGUCACUAAUCUUCAGACUACCAUCUCCUGCUCUAACUUGUGUGUCUUUUUUACAUGUUGGAGUGAUAUGAUGCAAAUAAAUGAAGUGUAA